GAUUAAUAGCACGAGGUCGUCAUCCGCUCUGAUAAUAUAACAACUUUCAAUUUCUAUGCAUAUUACUCCGUAGGGAAAAGUCCAUCUUUAAUAGUAAUGGGAAGGUCGGAACUGGAGAGAGUUAAUAUAUUGAAUCAGACAUAUGUCACCGACCUGGAUAAGGCGGGAACUCCUUUCACUAUAAAACUUCGGUUAAACUUCUCGAAAGACUCUUGAAACUAGAAUCAGCAAUCAAACAGAACGUCAGUUCGUUUAAAGUCGCUGCCCGUUAUAUUUGUAUUUAGGUUACUUUUGUUGAACAGGGAAACAAUGUAAACAAAAUACACACGAUUAGUAAGCAUUAGUAAUUUCUAAAGAGUUUAAAAUGAGGACUACAUGUGUGCUUGUUAUUCUUUUUCUUUAUUUAAAAUAUACAAUAUGUUUAAUAGUACCUGAUGAAAUUCCGUCACUUCUUUCUCUUAUUUAUUCCAAUCUUCCACCAGUUAAAAAAGGAACUGAUUCUAGAUUUGGCGUAGGAUUUAGUCUAGGAGAACAUGCUGAUUUUCAAGUUGUCGUAGAAUUGGGCCCACAAACAGAAACAGAACCGAUCGGAAGUACUGAAGAUGCAAAACGAAGAAGAGAUAUAAUUUUAAACGCUGCAAUGAAAGGAGAAAUGGGUCCUUGGGCGCAAAGGGUCGCAGAACAUCAGAUACAACGUAAAUUAGGAAAAGAUGUUGCAACAAUUACGAAUCACUAUGGAAACAUUAAAAAUAUUCACAAAGACUCAAAAGAAAAAGAGCCAUUCAGAGCCAAUAUUAUAGAUGAAAAGAAAAAGCAUGCAGAAAAUUUAAAAAAAUCUCAAAAGAGAAUAAAUGUUGUAAACGUGGAAGGAACAAAACCAUCGGCUGUCAUUUCAGAUCCAGAAUCCUACAUAAAGAAGCUAAAUACUUUAUACGAUACUCAAAAAAGUGUAAAAAUGUAAAAAGAAAUUUUUAUGUAUCCAAUAUAUCUGGUUGUAUUGUUAA